GCUGUUCCUUUCAUUGUUGUCGAUAUAAGCAUACUCAGAUAAAUAUUGCAAUAUUAUUUAAAUUAAAUGAAUAAAUUUUAUAAAUGUCAAGUGAACACUAUCCUUUCGUAAUAUCGACGUUUAUCAACUCCCAUCUCUUAUUGUUGUUUAUAUUUUGUCAAAUGAACUAACCUACAAAUAUUUUUUCCAAAUUUUCAAUGAACUUUAGGUCCCAAAAUGAUUUUACGAAAGUUAGUUACAAACGUAGGGGCAAGGCGAAGAAGCAGCCGCUAGCUAUCGUCAAAGACUGCAGUGUCUUCAAUGUAGACUCAAAUAUUAGGAGAAUUAAUGAAGCCAAAACUGAGUUGCAAUCAACCGACUUUUUCCAGUCUGUAUCCGCACUACUCAAGGAAGGUUUGCAGCAGCUAAAUGAUCCAGAAAUUAGAAAAAUAAUUUGCUUUGGUUUAGGAAGAAUAUCCGAAUUAAUGGUACCCCGUUACCAGCUAGCUUUGCUAUUGUGCCUUAAGGCAUUGUUCAAUGUGGAAGUUUUGGUAACCGACCCCAUGUUUAAUAACAACGAUUUAUCCCUUCUCAAACACUUUGAAAUCGGCUGGUUAGAAAGAAACAUCGAAGGUAAAUUUAAAGUCGACACUCUUGAGACAUACCUGUUUUACCUUCCUCACUGUCCCAAACAGCUAAUGAAUAACUUAUUGUGGUGCAAUUGGGGUUUGCGUCUUAGCAAAUGUAUUAUAAUAGGAAAUAGUAUAAACAAGGUGGUUGAAGAUAAUUCUAAGAGGGUUUUGAAAAAGUCUGCGAAAUAUAUCAAUAACAUUUCGCCUAAUGUGUUGGAACUGGGCAUUGUCAAUAGUUUUACAUAUUUCGAUGUUUUUAACGACACUUCCAUACACUGUUUUCCUAUUGAUAAAUUGAAUCUUUUAACAAAUGAAUUUUGGGACGAUUGUGAAGAACCUGAAUACUCGGAUAGUGAUAUGGAAAUUAUAAGAAACAGUUUAAAUAAGUUAGAAUUUUAAUCUAAACAGUACCUCGAUACAAAGUAUAAUUUAAAAGAAA